AUUGUUCCGGAACACCGAUGAGCAAUUUUUCUAAAAAUAUUAGUUUAAUGAAAUAAUGGUGCUUAUGGAACCAAGUCAUGAACAGGAAAAAGAGAGAGAAAGUUCCAUUUUCCAUUUUCAAGUUGAAAAGUCCAUUAUUGUUAGCCACCAUUUUGGUCAAACAAAGAUGGCAAACUCAUUCUUCAACCCCCUAACUCAAUCAAACACCAAACAAGUCUUACGCUCUUUCUUCCAUUCUCAUUUAUAAGCUCAAACCUUUCAUCUUUUCAUUUUCAUUUCUAAAAAGUCUACAACAUCAUUCUUGUACAGCUCAGAAAAACAAAACACAAUUCUUUUUGUUGUUUGUAUAAAGCAAAAGUUAAUUUUUUUUUUUAUUCUUUUCCAUUUCAUUGGUUUGCUUCAAUCUAAGAACUUUUCAUUGUGAGGCAAAUUUUGUCCACAAGAUUAAGAUUUGGUUUAAAAGGUCAUUGAAAAUUUAGUUAAAUCUUGAAAAUAUGGCUGGUGGAGGAAGAAGAAGACAUCAUCAUUUCAGUAAGAUUCAUGCAUUUUCAUGUGGUAAAGCAUCAAUGAAACAAGAUGAACAUUCACUUAUAGGAGGACCUGGUUUUUCAAGAAAAGUUUAUUGUAAUGAUUCAGAACGUGCUAUGUCUAGUCUUUAUAAUUAUGGUGAUAAUUAUGUUAGAACUACUAAGUAUACACUUGCUACUUUUCUACCUAAAUCUUUGUUUGAACAAUUUAGAAGAGUUGCAAAUUUUUACUUCUUAGUUGUUGCUGUUUUGUCUUUCUUCCCUGUUGCUCCUUAUUCUGCUGUUAGCAAUGUUGUUCCUCUUCUUGUUGUGGUUUCUGCUACUAUGGCUAAAGAGUUUAUUGAAGAUUUUCAGAGAAAAAAACAGGAUAUAGAAAUGAAUAAUCGAAAAGUGAAAGUACAUAGUGGAGGUGGUGUUUUUGAUUAUUCUAAAUGGAGAGAUUUAAAAGUUGGAGACAUCGUGAAAGUGGAAAAAGAUGAGUAUUUUCCUGCUGAUCUCAUAUUACUUGCAUCAAACUAUGAUGAUGCAAUUUGCUAUGUUGAUACGAUGAAUCUCGACGGAGAAACAAAUCUGAAACUAAAACAAGCACUAGAAGGGACUUCAAAAUUUCAAGAAGACUCGAAUUUUGAGAAUUUCAAGGCUGUGAUAAGAUGCGAAGAUCCAAACGCGAAUUUGUAUGCGUUUGUAGGAAGUUUAGAGCUUGAAGAAGAUCAAGAAGAUCAACAAUAUCCACUUGCACCUCAGCAGCUUCUUCUAAGAGACUCUAAGUUGAAGAACACAGAUUUUAUCUAUGGUGUUGUGAUCUUUACCGGUCACGAUACAAAGGUUAUGCAGAAUUCAACAGAUCCUCCAUCCAAGAGAAGUAAGAUUGAGAAAAGAAUGGACAAAGUUAUAUACUGUUUGUUCUUUGUAUUGAUUUUGGUUUCAUUUAUCGGUUCGAUUUUCUUCGGUAUUUGGACAAAGAAGGAUAUUAAAAAUGGAAGAAUGAAGAGAUGGUACCUUAAUCCUAAAGAUACUACAGUUUACUAUGAUCCUCAUAAAGCAGUACUUGCAGCAAUUUAUCAUUUCUUGACAGCUUUGAUGUUGUAUGGUUACUUCAUUCCGAUUUCGUUGUAUGUUUCCAUUGAAGUUGUGAAGGUUCUUCAAAGCAUUUUCAUCAACAACGAUUUGAACAUGUAUCACGAGGAAACUGAUAAGCCAGCGCAUGCUCGUACGUCAAAUUUGAAUGAAGAACUUGGUCAAGUUGAUACCAUACUUUCGGAUAAAACUGGAACAUUGACUUGCAAUUCUAUGGAAUUUAUCAAGUGUUCUAUUGGUGGAGUUGCUUACGGAAGAGGAUUUACAGAAGUUGAGAGAGCUUUAUCUAAGAGAAAAGAUUCAUACUUUGGUCGGAAGUUGAAAAAUGACCAAAAUGUUGCAAAAGCUGCUGAAUCAAAAUCAACCAUUAAAGGAUUUAACUUCAGUGAUGAAAGGAUCAUGAAUGGAAAUUGGGUGAGACAGCCUAAUGCCAAUGUGAUACAAAGCUUUCUAAGGGUAUUGGCGGUAUGCCAUACCGCAAUACCUGAAGUUGAUGAAGCAACUGGUAAAAUUUCGUAUGAAGCUGAAUCGCCAGACGAGGCUGCUUUUGUUGUUGCGGCAAGAGAAUUUGGAUUUGAAUUUUAUGAAAGGACACAUGCAGCUAUUUCACUUCAUGAAUUAGACCUCAAUUCAAACAUGAAAUCAGAAAGGUCCUACAAUAUUUUAAAUGUAUUAGAGUUUAGUAGUGCAAGAAAGCGAAUGUCCGUAAUCAUAAGAGACCACAAGGGAAAACUAAUGCUACUUAGCAAAGGAGCUGACAGUGUCAUGUUUGAACUACUUGGAAAGAAUGGAAGGGAGUAUGAAGAGCAGACUAAGUACCACAUUAAUGAAUAUGCCGAUUCUGGUUUGAGGACAUUGAUACUUGCUUACCGUGAACUUGACGAGGAAGAGUACAAACAGUUUAAUAAAGAGUUGACAGAUGCUAAAAACUUAGUGAGUGCAGAUCAAGAGCAGAUUGUAGAAGACAUAUUGCAAAAGAUUGAGAAGGAUUUGAUUCUUCUUGGUGCUACCGCAGUUGAAGAUAAACUACAAGACGGGGUUCCUGAAUGCAUUGACAAACUAGCACAGGCCGGGAUUAAGUUAUGGGUAUUGACCGGUGAUAAAAUGGAGACAGCGAUUAAUAUUGGAUUUGCUUGUAGUUUGCUUAGACAAGGAAUGAAGCAAAUUAUAAUUAAUUCAGAUACUCCUGAAAACAAAGCGCUCGAGAAAAUGGAGGACAAAUCUGCUGCUGAAGCGGCAAUUAAGGCAAGUGUUGUUCGUCAAAUAACGGAGGCAAAGACGUUUCUUUCAAGAUCAGAUGACAAUUCUGAGGCAUUAGCUUUGAUUAUUGAUGGGAAAUCUCUUGCUUAUGCGCUAGAAGACGAUGUAAAGAACUUGUUUCUUGAACUUGCAAUUGGUUGCGCAUCUGUUAUAUGCUGUCGUUCCUCACCAAAGCAAAAGGCACUUGUUACUAGAUUGGUUAAGAUGAGACCUGGUAGUACAACUCUAGCUAUUGGAGAUGGUGCAAAUGAUGUUGGUAUGCUCCAAGAAGCAGAUAUUGGAAUCGGUAUCAGUGGUGUCGAAGGAAUGCAGGCAGUUAUGUCAAGUGAUAUUGCCAUUGCUCAAUUUCGAUAUCUCGAACGCUUACUUCUUGUGCAUGGACAUUGGUGUUACAGAAGAAUCUCAUCUAUGAUAUGUUACUUCUUUUACAAGAAUAUCACCUUCGGCUUCACUUUGUUCUUCUAUGAGAUGUUUACCUCAUUCUCCGGCCAACCUGCAUACAAUGACUGGUUCAUGUCAUUUUAUAAUGUAUUCUUCACUUCACUUCCUGUAAUUGCUUUGGGAGUUUUCGACCAAGAUGUCUCCUCCAAAUUAUGUCUCAAGUUUCCAUUACUAUACCAAGAAGGUGUACAAAACUUACUAUUCAGCUGGAAAAGAAUAAUUGGUUGGGCAUUAAACGGAGUUACAAGUUCAACCAUUAUAUUUUUCUUCUGUAUUCGCGCGCUUGAGCAUCAAUCGUUUCGCAAAGGUGGCGAAGUUGUUGACUUAGAAGUUCUCGGCGCCACAUUGUACACAUGUGUUGUGUGGGUGGUAAAUUGCCAAAUGGCAUUAUCGAUCACUUACUUUACAUACAUACAACAUAUAUUCAUAUGGGGAAGCAUCGGAGUAUGGUACAUUUUCCUCUUGGCAUAUGGAGCUAUAGAUCCUUCUAUAUCAACAACUGCUUAUAAGGUCUUCAUUGAAGCAUGUGCGCCGUCACUAUCUUAUUGGAUUGUUACUUUGCUCGUUCUUAUUGCCGCAUUGCUUCCAUAUUUCGCGUACUCUACUAUUCAACUGCGGUUCUUCCCGGUGUAUCAUCAAAUGAUACAAUGGAUAAGAAAGGAUGGACAAGUUAAUGAUCCGGAAUUUUGUGAUAUGGUGCGACAGAGAUCUAUUCGACAUACAACGGUUGGAUUCACUGCUCGUUUGGAAGCUUCUAGACGUUUUGAAGCGUCUAGACGUUCGGAAAUAUCAUUAGUACCUAUUGAUGGGAAGUCUACAGUGAACCAAUAACCAAAUAUGAUUUUGUUUUGUUUUUUUUUUCUUUCUGUAAAUUCUUUUCAUAGGUUAAGAAUGUUCUUUCAUUUGUACAUAUGUAUGUGAGGUAUAUUGGCAGUGUUUCCUUAUGCUGCAUGAGGAAUAUUAUUCUUUUUAAAGAAACAAAUUGAGGCAAUCUGUCUCUUGCAUUUUGUUCAAAAAUUUAUAAUAAAAUUUUGAUAAUUAUGAUA